AUGAAGAUCGCUAGAAAGACUGUUGCUACAACUAUAUUGGCAUUCCUAUCUGGAACCAAUGCCUUUUCAACUAUUUCGCAAUUGGGAGUAUCCGGCUCUCGUAAGUCCACGGCGAUGUCGUAUAUGAAUGAAAGUCAUGAAACAUCAUUUCUCCUGGAAGAGUUCACCACUUACAAUGGGGAGCUGGUGAAACCGUAUGAUAUGCUUGGGGUUGGACGGGAGGCUGAACGUUUGGAUAUUCGACGGGCAUAUAUUGAGAAGAGUAAAUUAUAUCACCCAGAUGCGGUAAGACAUAGUCCAUCCCUUCCAAGUGGUUGCAACUCGUUUGAUGAUGUAAGGGACCAAUGGGAACGCAUCAAACUUAGCUAUGAGAUCCUCAGUGAUAGGAAGACGAAAAUGAGAUACGAUAGACACGAAUCUCUUGCAGAAGUACUGGAAGAUCCAAGCGCCGUGGUAGCACGAGCAGCUGGAGACGCCAUCAAAGCUGGAGCGCUGAAUCUAAAAAAGGGUAUUUUCGGCGUCGGAACAUUUGCUUUUGAGCAGCUGUUGAAAAAGGAAAGAAGCUGA